AUGAUAGCCUGCCAGCGAGGAUUCUACCGUCACUCCCUGGAGACUAAACGCUGCCUGAAGUGCCCCCCCAACAGCUUAUCCAAUGAGUCCGGGGCUACGUCUUGUUCCUGCAAUGCAGGCUUCUACCGAGCACCUUCGGAAGGCCAGAACAUUGCUUGCACCCGCCCGCCCUCAGCUCCCCGCAAUGUCAGCUUCUCCCUUAUUGGCACGCAGCUGAGUCUGUGGUGGCAGCCACCCAGUGACUACGGUGGGAGAAAGGACCUGACUUACACAGUCUUCUGUCAGCGCUGCCAUUUCCUGUCAUGUGAGCCAUGUGAGGCUGGUGUGGUAUUCUCCCCGAGUGCUUCUGGUCUCACUAAACCUGCUGUGGAUGUGGACGGCCUAGAAGCUUACACCAACUACACAUUUGCUGUGGAAGCUCAUAAUGGUGUCUCAAGAAUGGGACCUGCUCCACAGAGGACUGCUCCAGCUGUCUGGGUUGCAGUUGGACAUGCAGCUCCAGUGACAGUAUCCCAGUUUAUUCUGACACAAAGAGAUGACAGUAGUCUUUCUGUUUCUUGGCUUGCCCCACGGCAGCGCAGCCGGACCUCAGUGGAAUAUGAGGUCAUGUUCUUUGAGAAGGGAGAGGAAGCACGUUACACGGUGAAGCACCUUCUUGAGCCAAAUGUCACUCUGACAGACCUGCAACCAGACACAGCCUACCUGCUUCGUGUGAGAUCCAUCACACCCCUUGGACCUGGGCCCUACUCCCCAGAGCAAGAAUUCCGCACCCUUCCACCAGACACGGGAGCUCUGUCUGGUGGUGUCAUAGUCUCUAUCAUUUUCGGUGUUCUGCUGUUUAUUGGGCUGCUUCUGGGACUUCUCAUCUUUCGGAGAAAGCAGGCUCGUCGGAGGCAAGCACGGCCAGAUUAUCAUACUUCAGGCUUUGAUCGAGAGAAAGUCUGGUUGAAGCCCUAUGUAGACCUGCAACCAUAUGAUGACCCCAGCAGAGGGGUGCUGGAAUUCACUAAGGAACUGGACGUGUCUUGUGUCACUAUGGAAAAUGUGAUUGGAGAGGGGGAGUUUGGGGAGGUCUAUCGUGGGUCCCUGCGGCUCCCAGGAAAAGAACGUAUCGUGGUUGCCAUCAAGACCCUGAAGCCAACGUACUCAGAUUCACAGUGGUGGAACUUUCUGCGUGAGGCAACAAUUAUGGGGCAAUUCAAUCACCCAAACAUUGUGCGUCUGGAAGGAGUUGUCACCAAAAGGAGACCAAUGAUGAUAAUCACUGAAUAUAUGGAGAAUGGAGCACUGGAUACCUUCCUCCGGGAGAAUGAGGAAAAAUUUAGCCCUGUGCAACUUGUGAGCAUGCUGCAGGGAAUAGCCUCUGGCAUGACCUACCUUUCAGAACACAACUAUGUGCACCGGGAUCUGGCCGCUCGCAACAUCCUUGUAACACGCAGUCUUCAAUGCAAGGUGUCUGACUUUGGUCUCUCCCGAAUAUUGGAGAAUGAUGCAGAAGGAACCUAUGAAACCAAGGGUGGUAAGAUUCCCAUCCGCUGGACAGCACCAGAGGCCAUUGCUCAUCGGAUUUUCACCUCAGCCAGUGACGUCUGGAGCUUUGGAAUUGUCAUGUGGGAGGUGUUUUCAUUUGGUGACAAGCCAUAUGGGGACAUGACCAAUCAAGAGGUGAUGAAAAGCUUAGAGGAUGGGUACUGGCUCCCCCCACCUGUGGACUGCCCAUCUAUCCUCUACGAGCUCAUGAAGAGCUGUUGGUCACACGAUCGGAUGAGGAGGCCUCAUUUUCAGGAAAUCCGUGCACAGCUGCAACAUUUCAUCUCAAGUCCCCAGCUCCUCCGGCCUGUUGCAGACUUUGAUCCCAGGGUAACACUCCGGCUCCCCAGCUGCAGUGGAUCUGAUGGGAUCCCCUAUCGAUCCAUCCCUGAGUGGCUGGAAUCCAUUCGCAUGAAGCGCUACAUCUCCAACUUUCGCACUGCUGGCCUGGACACCAUGGAGUCCAUUCUGGAGCUCACUGCUGAGGACUUGAAACAGAUGGGAGUGUCACUUCCAGGCCAUCAGAAGAGGAUCCUGUGUAGCAUCCAAGGCUUUAAGGAGUGAUCAGUCAUUGCUCUCAAGCUUGCUAAAUGCCCAUUCUUACCAGAUAUCACUUGGAAUCAUUCCUAUGGUAAUUGCUUCCAAAUAAGUGACUGGGACAAGCAAAGCAAAACAACCAGAACUGGAAAGGCUCAUGAGGCAAUACCACCUGCACUCAUUUCUGUUCCCCCUUGCUUUAGCUCUACAGCAGCCAUCAAUACAUUUUAGAGCACUGGUCUCAGAAACUGUUCUCAGCCCUGCCUUUUGUAGUCAGUUCUGUGCAACACUAAGUAAUCCCUGUAGUCCACAUACUGGAGUUUCAGAACAUCAGUGGACACAUAAGGAUACAUACAAAAUGGGUUGGGGGUGGUGGAUAAUGUUAAGAUUGGAGAUGAGAGUUCAGAUAAGACCGGGACACUCAGGGAACAAGCACAAGGACACAGACAUGUAGAGAUUGAGCCCAUUCACUCCCUGGCCUACAUCCCUUCUCAAUUCAGCAGCUUUCUGUCUUCUUUAUUUUACAACAGGAACAAACUAUUCACUCUUUCACAAGGCUGCUGGUGAGUGAUGUAUUUUUUAAUUCAGCUACUCUUGCCUUAAGCACCAAUUACGGUGUACUUCUUUCUUUGGAUGAGAAGUUGGGAGUAGCAGCACACCCUGUUGUAACUCGUGUGAUCACGUAACCUCAACAUAUUGCUCUUUUGCACAUGCACACUUCAGCAGGGAUAUUUAGAUCUCUUCCAACCUGCUUAAUACCUUUACUUGUGCCAUGGACAGAAAAUGUUUUAGGUACCCAUUUUUCUCUGCCCCUUUUUAAAAGAAUAGUCUUGCUUGUCUGGAUAGGGUAUUUGUAACAGAAAAAUGUGUAGAUGGUCUGUCUUAUUCCUUCUCUGUGGAGGAAAUGUUAUUAUUUAUCAGAGCUCAAGACAAUUAACAGACUGUAAAUAAUGUUUUGUAAAUAAACCUGUGGCUUAGC